AUGCUCUCUGAGUUCUUGGAAGGUACUUACAAGAAGUACAAGAAUGACACAUCCACAUUUCUGAAGUGGCUGUACGAGACUGGCACGAAAUGUGGGUAUGUACCCGAUGCGCCUACUACUGCGAAGAAACAAGUGGAGAUUACGCCGCAGAAGUCAGCUCGAUUGAAAGGAAAGGCGAGAAAGGAGGCUAAAGCUGCCAAGCUAGUAGCUACGUCAAUGCCCGAUACUAGUGCUGGAGUACUGUCACAUGAAGUCCCCCGGAGAGAUCUGAUGCCACUAGCGCAAGCGGUGCUCUACUCUCAGGAUUCAUCUAUCAAAGUACCUGUCAAGAUUCUCCAGGUCGGCCUCCGUGCAGUAUCAACUCGCAAGAAACUUACAGAAUCUUUCUCGAAGAACACCGAAGCCUCUGAUGUGGAAACCUUAGAGUCAAAUUACAGCCACUCAUAUUUCAACGACUUGAUGGAGCGAGUCAUCUUAACUCUCCAGCCCCGAUUCGCUACAAUGGCUGGCACCAACAUCAAGGAGAAAGACCCUACACAGAACAACGAGACCAUUGCAGACCUGUCUGCAGAGCCCGAUUACAAAUUCUACGAGGCAGAAGAAGAUGCACGUGAAGCUAAAGCUUUCGCAUUUCACUGUCUCUUCACUGAUCUCAACAAAUUGCGAAGCUAUGUGGAACGGGUAUGGCGUGAUUACAGGGAAGACAAAUUGGACCUCAUCACGGCGUCCGUUGUCACGAACACGGCAGUUCAGCUCGCGAUUCGAACUCAAGACGAAUUUGUGGCAUCAUUCCCAGGGACAGGCAGCUACAAAGAUACUUGGGUUACGCUAUACACUGAAAUGGGUGUAAAGUUGUUCAAAGAAGGUCAUACUUUCGGUAUGUUCAAUGUCAGUGAGGACGUCGAAGACUGGGCUUUCCGCCGUGCAUACUCCAUACUCUCUGAAUUCACCAAGGUUCUGAACCCGAAAAGUAUACCUAUGGUGAAGCGAGGUUUUUAUGGCGUAUAUCAUCCUCAGGCUGAUCGAACCCGCAUGAGCCGCAUCGAGAAACAACAGGAAGACGUUCAAGUCUUACUGGAAAUAUUACCGGAGUUCUGCUUCCUUGCCAAGUUUGACAUUGCCAUGCUUGGCCAGGACGAAGUGACUCGAGGACUUCGUCAAUUUGCGCUUACGAAAGCGAUUCCAAUCUGGCUUGUCUUUGCCGUGGAAAUAUUCUUGAACAUUCAUCAUAUUCUGCGAGAGACUGUUGAUUCGGGAUUUCAAGUACUCACUCUUACUGCUACCCGCUUCACACAAACUUUGAAUCGGUAUUUCGAGUUAUCGGAUGGAUUCACGAAACCCAAAAGUUGGCCGGUUCAGAAUGAGCAACUUUUCCACAUCUUAAAAGACUUGAUGGGUAUCCAAAUCUUCAAUGAUGCCAUUCUGCCUUAA